AAGUUUCAACUGGCAGACCUGCCAUAAUAACCUUACCCUCGCGGGCACGCGCCCACCCAGUAAAUAGUCUCCAAGGCACCAUUCCGAAAAUUAGACUUUACUCUUAUCGUAUUCAAAUCAUGUUUGAAUCCCCUUUAAAAUCAAAUGCACGGAACGCUUGGUCAGAGAGCCAGGAGGAGUUGAGCGAGACGGAACCGGUGUCGCCCGUGAGUAAAGGAAACCGUGGGAAGAAGAAGAAAAACAGAAGGCAACAACCACAACAACAAAAAAACGAGAAACGCUCGGUCUCAGCUCCCCAGCUUUGCGGGGAGGAGUCGUUUGAUCGGGAAAAUGAGCAGUCAGAGAAACGGUACACCGAUUACGACGAACCGAUAGUGAGAGGGAUAUUUCAAAUAGGGAAGAAGAGUCACGACGUCCUUCUGACAUCGAUGAGGGUUACAUGGAGUCCUAUUCAGCCAGAGACCCCUACAGGUCAGUCCGAAACUCUGAGGAGGACAGAGUACGUGGAGCUGAAGGAUGUGUUUGGAGUGAAGGUGAAGAGACGUCGUUCUGCGGGCCAGGAGACAGGGGGCACUCUCCUGGGCAUCACUCUGUUCCAGUGUAAGAAGAAGGGACCCAAGCUGAAGGACCAUGCCAUUCACUUCAACAACAUGAGCGUGGACCACUGUGAGAUCUGGUUCAAAAAACUUAAGGAGAUACUCAGUGGUUUCCAGAACAGGCCCAAGUCCCUGAAGGUGUUUGUGAACCCUGCCAGUCAUAAGAAAGAGGCCUACCAGAUCUACAGAGAUGAUGUGGCACCCCUCUUUCAGCUAGCAGACAUCAAAGCUGAUGUGACCAUCACUGAAAGAAAGGGCCACGCUCUCUCUGUUCUGAAAGAAUCCAACUUGGACGGAUAUGAUGGGGUUGUGGUUGUCGGUGGGGAUGGCUCGGUGGCCGAGGUGGCCCAUGGGCUGUUGCUCCGGGCCCAGAUGGAUGCAGGCAGGGACACAGACUCCAUGUUCACGCCUGUCCGAGCAACACUUCCUCUAGGGCUAAUACCAGCAGGGUCCACUGACGUGGUGGCCUGUUCUGUCCAUGGCAUACGGCAUCCUGUUACUGCUGCAAUGCACAUCAUCAUGGGACACCAUCAGGAGGUAGAUGUGUGUAGUUUCAGUUGUCUGGGUCGCCUUCUGCGUUUCGGCUUCUCCGCCAUGUUUGGUUUCGGCGGGCGGACGCUGGCCUUGGCAGAGAGGCAUCGCUGGAUGCCACCCGGGCAGAGACGGGAGUUUGCCGUGAUCAAAACGCUGGCAAACCUCAAGCCUGAAGACUGUGAGUUGUCCUAUCUUCCUGUGAAGAAGGUCCAGACUGAAACGCUGGAUCCAGUAAAAAAAGAGUACUUAAAGGACGACAUGGAAGAGGAAGAGUCGUGGACGACCACCCGGGGUCUGUUCCUCAAUGUCAGCAUCAUGGCCAUCCCUUGUCUCUGCUCUAUGGCCCCCAGGGGCCUGGCCCCUAACACCAGACUGAACAAUGGCAGCAUGGCCCUGAUCACAGCAGGAAACACUUCCAGGGCAGAGUUUAUCAAACACCUGAAGAGAUACAACAGUGUAAACAAUCAGUUUAGUUUCUCCUUCGUGGAGACGCAGACAGUGAGGGCUGUGAGGCUCCGCCCCCGCUCUCAGAGCAGCUGGUCUGAUGACAUCGCUGAGGACAAUGGAGAGUAUGACUCUAAGAACGCGCCCAUCAUCUCCUCCGAGGGGGCCUACCCCUGGAACGUAGACGGAGACCUACUGGAGGUGCCCUCAGAGCUGCUCAUCAGGUUACAUCCUCAACUCCUGACCCUGUUUGGAGUGUACAUCGAGGAGGCAGAGGAGGCACACAUCAAGUGCAGCUGCAUUUAACACUGUAUGUAGAGCAGAAUCGAUACCUUUUAAAGCUGUCUAAAGGGUGGAUGAGUCUAUACACAUAUCAACCUCCACUGGCAUUGCCACAGAAUGUAACAUAGUCUUUCCUAGUGUGCUUUACAAGAAACUGUCUUCAGUGUAUAGACUGUCUACAAGAGAGGAGCUUUUACACACAACCUAAAACUAUGUAUGUAGGGGUUGUCGAUACGCACAACCUCCGUUUGCACUAUCACUGAAUGUCACCUACAGGCUUUACUACUGUACAUCUUUGAAUGUUAGACGUCAAAUAACCAAAUGGAGGACAGACAGGCACAUUAAAUAGAAAAGGUUGAUUUAUAUUAAAGCAAAGACAACAUAAUAAUACAUUCCAGUGCACGAUUACAUCAAUUAUCAGACCAAAGUGAAAUGUGUUGACAAACAAAAUGUUAUCUGUCCAUUUUUACACGCCACACACGUAUUUAUUAAAAAUAAAAAAUUAUUUCAAUUUA